UUGGGAUACGCGAUUUUUGACGAGGAAACUCGAAUCGACGAGCUUGUAUAUCCACGCUAAACCCCGCAAUCCGCUAGUGCUCUAGUUCUGUCACAAGGAGUUGCAUCCAACUUGCAUCCGGACAUCACAUGUGCACCAUGCAUCGCAAUCAGGCAUGAAAGAGUAUCAGGAGGAUAACUUGGAAUCCUCCCAAGCGAUGCCGAGUGGAGUGGGUGGAAAUGUCAAAAAAUGAUAGUUUGACUCCGGAUGGAAUGUCGAAACGAUGGGCAACACGAGGGUUGGAGAUCACGGCAACGAGUUGGCCGAGAGCGGAGAAGACGAGCAGGUAUCAAAAAGGGCCAUCUCGCUGCCUCCCACAGGUUGGAUUCAAUGCCGCAGAAUAACACACACUCUUCACAAACUUCCUUCACACAACAUCUUCUCCAACCAUGGGUUCCCUCGAGACAGACACAAUAUCGGAUGCCUCCUCGCUUCACAAGGGCAUCCGGUUUGCCAUUGACCGCGGCGGCACAUUCACCGACGUCUGGGCUGGUGUGCCCGGCCAGCCAGACAUAGUCACCAAACUCCUGUCUGUUGACCCUGAGAACUACGAUGACGCGCCGGCAGAAGGAAUCCGGCGGGUGCUGGAGAUGGUCUCCGGGAAGACGAUCCCCAGGAGAUCGCCCAUCCCAAAAGACAUGAUCCAGUCCAUCCGCAUGGGCACCACCGUGGCCACGAAUGCCCUCCUGGAGCGGAAAGGAACGCGCCACGCCUUUCUCGUGACACAAGGGUUCCGCGACCUGCUCGAGAUCGGCUACCAGUCGCGGCCGAAGCUGUUCGAGCUGGGCAUCCGCAAGCCCGAGCUCCUCUACGACGAGGUGGUGGAGAUCUCGGAGCGCAUCACGGUCGAAGGGUUCGACGAGGACGUGCACAAGGACAGCCGCCCGGCGCCCAAGGAAUCCCCCGGCCUGUUUGUCCGGGGCAUCACGGGCGACAUCCUGCGCAUCGUCCGGCCGCUGGACGAGGCCGAGGUCCGCGAGAAGCUGGAGGCGCUGAAGGCCAAGGGCAUCGACACCGUCGCCAUCUGCCUGGCCCACUCGUACAUGUACCCGGCGCACGAGGACCGCAUCGCCGAGAUGGCGGCCGAGAUGGGCUUCGCACACGUGUCCAAGUCGUCCAGCGUCGGGGCGAGCAUGAUCAAGAUGAUCUCGCGCGGCAGCUCGGCGUCGGCGGACGCGUACCUGACGCCCGAGAUUGUGCGCUAUGUCGACGGGUUUUCCAAGGCCUUUGAGGGCGGCAACCUGGACGGCGUCUCGUGCGAGUUCAUGCAGAGCGAUGGUGGGCUGGUCAACCACCAGGCGUUUAGUGGGCUCAGGGGUAUCUUGAGUGGUCCUGCGGGCGGAGUUGUCGGCUAUGCCAGGACUUCCUACGACGGGUCGUCACCCGUGGUCGGGUUUGACAUGGGCGGCACGUCCACCGAUGUCAGUCGCUACGGCGGCUCGUUCGAGCACGUCUUUGAGACCACCACUGCGGGAGUCUCGAUUCAAAGCCCGCAACUGGACAUCAACACGGUGGCCAGCGGCGGCGGAAGCAUCCUGUUCUGGCACAACGGCCUGUUCAAGGUCGGACCUGAGAGUGCUGGCGCACACCCUGGCCCGGCCUGCUACCGAAAGGGAGGCCCGCUCACCAUCACCGACGCGAACCUGUUCCUGGGCCGCUUGAUUCCCGACUACUUCCCGGCCAUCUUUGGACCGGACGAGAACAUGCCGUUGGACUCCAAAGUGGUGGAGGAAAAGUUCCAAGCCCUGACGGACCGCAUCAACAAAGACACGGGCAGGUCCAUGACGCCCCUCGAAGUGGCCCACGGCUUCGUCGACGUGGCCAACGAGUCGAUGAGCCGCCCCAUCCGCGCCCUGACCGAGGCCCGUGGCUACGAGACGGCACAGCACGUCCUUGCCACCUUUGGAGGCGCCGGCGGACAGCAUGCCUGCGAGAUGGCUGUGAAGCUGGGCAUCCGGCGCAUUGUGAUCCACAAGUACUCGAGUAUCCUGUCCGCCUACGGCAUGGCGCUGGCCGAAGUGGUCCAGGAAGCCCAGGAACCCAGCUCGGAAACGCUGACGGAUGAGUCGUUGCCGCGGCUGAAUGAACGCAUUGCCAAGCUCAAGAGCAAGGUCACGGAGGGUCUGCUCUCCCAAGGGGUCAAGCCGUCCGCCAUCGCCUACGAGCCGUAUCUCAACCUUCGCUACCACGGGACCGACACCAACUUUAUGAUCCAGGAGCCCGCUGACGGCGACUGGCGGACGGCGCUGGAGGCGGAACACUUGAGGGAGCUCUCGUUUACCUUCCCUCGCUCGCGGAAGGUUCUUGUCGAUGACGUCCGCGUUCGUGGCAUCGGAAAGAGCGACGAGGUCAGCCAGGACAACGAGAGUUUGGUGAAGGAGUCCAAGGAGCUGGUCUUCUCUGCUGCUGGCAAAGGGGAGGAGCGCACGGUCGACGUCUUCUUCGCAGAAGGCGGUCUUCAGCCUACAAAGGUCUACUUGCUGUCUAAGCUGCGCCCGGGCAAUGAGGUGCACGGUCCGGCCAUCAUCAUCGACAGCACCCAGACCAUGGUGAUUGUGCCCGGCGCCACGGCCCGGAUCCUGACAUCCCACGUGCUGAUCGACCUGCCCGAGCCGCCGUCCAAGCAGACGGACGAGGACAGCAAGCUGGUCGACCCGAUCAAGCUCAGCAUCUUCGGCCACCGCUUCAUGAGCAUCGCCGAGCAGAUGGGCAGGACGCUGCAGAAGACGAGCCUGUCGCUCAACAUCAAGGAGCGCCUCGACUUCUCGUGCGCUAUCUUCAGUCCCGACGGCGAGCUGGUGGCCAAUGCGCCCCAUGUGCCGGUGCAUCUGGGCAGUAUGAGCUAUGCCGUCCGGUACCAGCACGAGCUUCACAGGGGUAAAUUGCGGCCCGGCGAUGUGUUGGUCACCAACCACCCCGAGACAGGGGGCACUCAUCUUCCCGACAUCACGGUCAUUACUCCGGUAUUUGACGACGACGGCAAGACCAUCACCUUCUACACGGCCGCACGGGGUCACCACCUCGACAUUGGCGGUUGGCGAGGCAACUCCAUGCCGCCUGACUCGACCGAGCUGUGGCAAGAAGGCGCCGCCAUCAAGUCCUUCUUCCUAGUGCGCGACGGGCACUUCGAUGAGGAGGGCAUCGUCAAGAUCCUCCUGGAGCCGGGCAAGUACCCGAACUGCAGCGGUUCCCGGCGGCUGGCCGACAACCUCUCGGACCUCAAAGCCCAGGUGGCCGCCAACCACAAGGGCAGCACGCUGAUCAAGGCGCUGAUGGACGAGUACGGCAAGCAGACGGUGCACUUCUACAUGCGCGAGAUCCAGAAGAACGCCGAGGUGGCCGUGCGGAACUACCUCAAGUCGGCCUACAAGCGCUUCGGCGCCACCCCGCUUAAGGGCAGGGACUACCUCGACAACGGGUCACGCAUGGAAGUGACGGUCACGCUCGACGAGACCGGCUUCGGCACCUUCGACUUCACCGGUACUAGCUGCGAGAUGCUGUCCAACAUGAACGCGCCGGCGGCCAUCACCUACUCGGCGCUCAUCUACACGCUGCGGCUGCUGAUCGGGUCCGACAUCCCGCUCAACCAGGGCUGCCUCGCCCCGACCAAGGUGAUCCUGCCGAAGAAUACCUUCCUCAACCCGUCCGCAGGGCCGGCCGUCUGCUGCGGGAACACGCUCACGUCGCAGCGGCUGGUGGAUUUGCUCCUCAAGACAUUCCGCGCCGCGGCCGAUAGCCAGGGGUGCAUGAACUGCUUCGGCUUCUUCGGCAACUGCACCCCCGCCCCCAACACUCCGGGUUCUGACAGCAAGGAGCAAGGCGAGAAGAAAGAGCAAGAGAUGGGCUUCGGCUUCAGCUACGGCGAGACCAUGUGCGGCGGCGAAGGGGCCGGCCCGACGUGGCACGGCGCCAGCGGCGUGCAGGUGCACAUGACCAACACGCGCACGACCGACAUGGAGAUCAUCGAGAAGCGCUACCCCGUGCUGAUCCGCGAGUUCUCCAUCCGCCGCGGCAGUGGCGGCCGCGGCAAGUUCCGCGGCGGCUGCGGCGUGGUGCGCGACUUUGAGUGCCGCCAUCCGCUCACCUUCGGCCUGAUCACCGAGAGGCGCGUGCAUCGGCCGCAUGGCAUGAUGGGCGGCGAGGAUGGGGAGUCCGGGGGCAAUUACUGGGUGCGCAAGAUGCCUGAUGGUGGUGAGAGGUGGAUCAAUAUUGGCUCGAGGGGCCAAGUUGAUAUGCAGCCUGGUGAUAGGUGUGUCAUCCACACCCCCGGUGGCGGCGGCUGGGGCGUGCCGGAGGAGGAGGAGGAUCAAGAGGAAUCCGGUGUCGUGGACGGCCCGGCGCUGCCCGCGGCCAGCUACCCCCGGGCGGCGGGUACCUUGCAUGCGUUUGCCGCUGCUCAGGAGGCGAGUUCCUGAAUGGGUUUCUGAACAGGACAUAUGAUUUAAUCUGAUCAAUAUCAUUAGUAGUAGUCUAGAACUUGGAUUGAUAAAGUGACAAAACCAUAGAUGAACC